UUCUUUUCCGCUACGAAUCAUUCGAGUUUUUUUCCAUAUCAGGCGUAAUGUAAACUUAAACACUUCUGUGAACGGCGCCCAACUCGUAACGAAUUCGAAAUUUUAACACGUUCUCUGGGCCCUGUUGCCUUCUAACAUCAUCCAGUGCAGCCAACAUGUCGAUUUUGAGGCUGGAAGGCACGCCAAGUCGGGCCAGCCUGGCCGGAUUGACUCCGCGAGUGCAUUUUGCUCUGCCCAGUGACAUCGACUCCAUUGUCUCGAACUUUCUCACUGGCACAGACAAAACUCGCUACCAGGAACUGCUUGUGUCUCUCAAGUCCGCAAGCAAUUCGGACGAGAAUAUAAUAAACCUGCUGGAAAGCUGCUACAAAAAUGUCAACAACUUGGAUCAGCGUGUCCACUCCCUUGUAAUCGCAAUAUUGAAUCUUAACUGGAACAGCUCAUCAGACGCUUUGGCCUCAAAAUUCCAACAAUUUCUCUUGGAAUUGGUUGCGACACACACAAACUUCACGAGUACAGUGCUGGAGAGUUUGUUGCGAAAAUUUUAUGGAUUUGGAGACGAGCCAUGGCCAAGCACAAAACCUAGUGUGAAGGAAGAAUUACAUUUUUCAAGGUUACACGAAACCAUCAACCAAAUUUUGAAGAUAAUACCAAUGUCUGCAGAUGUACUGCUUCAAGCGUGUGACUUCUGUUUUCCAUUCAUGAAAAGAGGAAGCAGGGUAAAUCAGAGUUACGUUUACAACCUGUUCAAGAUCUGCACAUACAGACCCGAAAUGCGGAGUAAAAUUUUAUCACUCAUUAUUAAAAAGGUGAUAUCCAUAGAUGUACAAAUUCCGCGAAAACUCUUGGAGGCGCUCGAAGGUGACGAAGAAGAAAUGGAGACUGACGCUAAAAUGGACGACACGGAAACUGUUUUCACGAUGGAUGACGUGUCUCGGUCUGCCGCCUCAAGAAUCACCAGCGUCGUGGACACAAACAUGCAGCAGCAGCUGGCACAAACCCUGGACCUGCUGAUGGAACAGAUUUUUGUCUUCGUCAAAGAGUUCUGCUCGAGAGACGCAGACGAGAACGAGAUCAUCCACCACCAGAGCAUUUUCAAGGACUUUCUUGAAAUCUUUGAGCACCAACUGCUCAACGUCCACGGCAGCCACCACGUGCAGUUCUGCAUGUUCUACCUGUGCACCCUCAGGCCCAUACUUCCAGAACUUUUUCUGACUGCACUAUGGAGCAAAGUGACUCGGAUGGGAGAGAACGCGGUGGUGAGACAAACAGCGGCGCACUACAUCGCCAGCGUGGUGUCCCGGGGUCAAUUUGUAUCGGUGAACGCAACGCGGUGCAUCUUGCAGCAGAUGUCCAAAUGGUGCCACGCGUAUGUGGAAGCGCAGCAGGACGCCACGAUCUGUGACGUCAAGAUGCAUGGAAUCUUCUACUCGGUGUGCCAGGGCCUCUUCUACAUUGUGGCCUUCCGCCACGCUGACCUGAUGGCCACCGAGAAAGGCCUCAAGUGGGUCCAGAGCCUCGGUUUGGCCAAGCUGGUCACCUCUAGGCUCAACCCGUUGAAGCCCUGCCUACCUGCCGUCGCGCAGAACUUUGCCACUGUCACCAGGACCUAUCAGAUUGCUUACUGCUUUACGGUUUUGGAGAAAAACUCGAGGAGCCAGCUUCCCACCGUGAGCCUGUCAGGACAGCAGACGGUCACCAACUUAAACUGCUUCUUCCCAUUCGACCCAUACCUGCUGAACAGGUCAGCAGUGUUCAUAAAUGAUCAGUAUAGAGAGUACGAACCACUCGAACAGCCUGGCGACGAGAGGUCCGAUUCUGAGAACGAGGAAACGUUUGGUACUCCACCGAAAGAGUCACUGCCAAAAUGCAUGUCUCCUGGGAGCUUCACGCACCUCAUUUCCCCCACCAAAAUGUCGAGAUCACUGGACAAGUUCAGUUAUGGAUCGACUCCAGGGUUCAAAGCCUACUGAACGAAUUUGACUGACCAUCACGCUCAGAAUGUCAAGACACCUGCCUCUUAAAAUGAUGUGAUAUUAUGUUUAAUAAAUCACAGUUCACUUGCUGAAA